CGCCUGUCGUCCCUUCAGACUGUAGUACACAGAUUGCAACACCACUCUGCACUGCUGGGGAUUUCUUUCACAACAACAUACGUAGCUACAGGACUGAGAUUCUGCAGCUACAGGGUUGACUACUGUAUAACUUUAUUCCUUGUAUCUUCAUGGCCAUGGUUACUAAGGAGGCAUGAAGACGUGACAUUGAGGAAACGUGAGCAGGCCUGGGAGGAACCUGGGACUUUCCUGACUCCAGCUGACCGGAGUUCAGUGAGCGUUUGGCGGUGUCGAGACUCGGUCAUCGCUUCACCUCAUGUUGCAAUUGCAAACAAAGAAGCGGUGAUGUGGAGGACUACACACGUCUGAAAUUGUUUACCUGAGUUCAUGGAGAUAUAAGUAAACGGAAACCACAAAGCUAAGCUGAACUAGCCUGUUAGCUGGCCGUACUCCGGAGGCAGCAGCAGUCCCCGCCGCGGUGUGAGUGGCCGGCUGCGUGGGAUAGCUGACGGGUUGUGUUAGGAGAGUGGAACAGCUCGCCGGUGCCCUGAAUUCAAGAGGACUCCCCGGCUCUGGCCCCCUCAAGCGGGCAGUCAGGAAGAAGCUGGCUGGGAAGGGAUGGCCUGGUCGGCCUUCCCGUUCCUUAGGACAAGGCUCUGCGGUGUUUGAAGGAGGUCGAGUUCGGCUAGAGGCCACCACCGCGGGUCGUGGCGCUAUGAUGGCCGCCUCCCCUUCCCUGGCCGGCGGCUUCGCAGCCUCUGCGCUGUCGGCCAGAAAGAGCGAGGAAAUAGCGGAUUUGAUAGAUUUGUUUUCCAAAAUGCAGUACAGAGCAAAGGAAGUCACUCCUCGGGUAGAAGCGAUUGAGAAGCGUUGUCUGGAGUUAUUUGCCAGAGAUUACAAGUACAGCAUCAUCCACAACGCCAAUGGAGAGGUGUGCGGGCAUUACCCCAGGCAGAUCGUGUUCCUGGAGUAUGAAAGCACAGAUUCGGAGAGAGACAGGUUUGAGAGCGCGGUACACAUCAGUAAGCUGCAGGACCUGGUGAACCGCAGUAAGUUGGCUCGCUGCAGAGGGAGGUUCGUCUGUCCGGUCAUCCUCUACAACGGCAAGCAUAUAUGCCGGUCGUCCACUCUGGCAGGAUGGGGAGAGCUGUAUGGACGCACAGGCUACAACUACAUCUUCUCAGGGGGCACUGAUGACACGUGGACAGAGUCUGAGGAGGUUCCAGAGGAUGACAGUGCAGUCAGGAACGGGGACUCGCAGCUCUUUGACAAAGUCCGAGGCCACGAUAUUAAGCUGCUACGCUACCUCUCAGUCCGCUACAUCUGUGACCUGAUGGUGGAGAACAAGAAGGUCAAGUUUGGGCUAAAUGUGACGUCCUCUGAGAAGGCGGACAAGGCCCAACGCUAUGCAGACUUCACCCUGCUCUCUGUGCCUUACCCAGGGUGUGAGUUUUUUAAGGACUACAAAGACAGAGACUACACUGCAGAGGGUCUGGUGUUCAACUGGAAUCAGGACUAUGUGGACGCUCCUUUGACAAUCCCACUGGGCUUUACUCAGAACUUGAACAUCGACUGGACUCGAUACCAGUCGUGGGACCUGGUGGAGCAGACCCAGAACUACCUGAAGAUGCUGCUCCACAUCAUCAACAGUGAUGAUGACAGCGGCCUCCUGGUGCACUGCAUAUCAGGCUGGGACCGGACGCCUCUGUUUGUGUCCCUGCUCAGGCUCUCCCUGUGGGCAGACGGCGCCGUGCACGCCAGCCUGCAGCCGGCAGAGAUCCUGUAUCUGACCAUCGCUUACGACUGGUUCCUCUUCGGUCAUAUGCUGCCAGAUCGACUCUCCAAAGGGGAGGAGAUUUUCUUCUUUUGCUUCAAUUUUUUGAAGCACAUUGUCUCAGAGAAGUUCUCAGCUGUUAAGAAACAGAGAAGGAAGAACUCUCACUUCAAAGACAGUGAUUUCACUGUGGAAGAUCUCUGCCAGUUAAAGUCCAGGGAUCGCGGCAGUGUGACCAGUCUGAGCAGUGACUUCUCCCUCAUCACUGAGGAGGGGGGUGGAGCCUCCAGCCUCAACCCCGACAACGUGGACCUUUUCUCCAGCCAGCCCCAGGCCUCCAGCUGGAGAAAAGGCCCCACCUCCUCCCCUCAGAUGGUUGUUUGGAAUAAACCCACCCCUCCUGACGAGCAUCUCUCCCAUCCUCUCAGCGAGGCCAGGUCUUCGAGCUCCUCCUCCUCCAACCAAUCAGAACACGCCGUCACACGCACUGGCAGCAGCCCAUUGGCUGUCCCUGGAAGAAGGUCAGCCGCAGACUACCCUCGGUCCGGCUCCUCCCUCUCUACGGAGUACGGCAGUUGGCAGAUCGUUUCGGGUUGUGGCAGCAUCCAUGACCACGCUCACUUUCCCCCACCUCUAACCUCAGCCUCCUCCACCUUGUCUGCUGUGGCUACUGCCUACGACUCCCCCCUGCCCUUCAGUUUUCAGGAUGAAGGACCCAGCGGACGAAUGUGUCCCUUCCCCUCGGAGCGUCAGGCCCGUCUGGAGGCGGUGCGGGAAGUCUUCCUGGCAGCCUACAGCUCCACCGUGGGCCUCAAGUCCUCGGCUCCUAGCCCCUCCACGGCCAUCACUGGCCUGCUAGAGCAGUUUGCCCGGGGGGUGGGCCUCCGGGGAACCAACGCCAUCGUCUGAACCCCUCUCAAUGUGACCCCCCCAGCUUCCAUCCACCCAGCCAGCAACACACCUGGGCUCCGGACAACAAAGUGCCAAACAUCUCUGCUCAUUCAGGGGAAGCACUCACCUUCCUGCUCCUCUGAUUUCCAACUCUUCUCUGGACUUUGAAUCUUCCGUGUUCAGCUACUUUUAGGGAGGGAAAUGUGUCAGCCACAGUAUCAAAAAGGGAUAUUAGGAAGGCUGUAGCUGUUGAAAUGUGAAUGUGUGAGAACAGGGGGUGUGUGUCUGUGACAGGCAGGUCACACACAUGUCUUCCUCUGUUCCCAUUCAUUAAUUGUUUUGUAAUCCUCUAGGGUCCCUACAGUGACCCUUCUGUGUACAGGCAGCGAUAUGUGUUCUCUUGUUUCGUGCUGCUAUUCAUUUGUGAUCCAAGCAGAGAAUGUUGUUUUGUCCAGGUGCGUUUUUAAAGAAAAGAUAAAUACAGCACUUAAAGUUCUCACAGGAAGGUUUCUUAUUUGGCCCAGGUGAUGAUCUGUAUAAUCUGUUUACAGCCUGGGCUCUAGAUCUAAAGGUAAAUAUCACAGUCUGUUUUAAUCCAAUACUCACAUGCCAUAUGAAAGAGCUACAGGAAUAAUUCCUUCUGUUCUUUCUGGGAGCGAAGGGUCGGUGCGAGUUAGGGAACCAAAUCUCCCUAUGCUAUUCGGUGAACCCACAAGCACUGGUCUAGAGCCUCAGUGUGCUUCGACUGAAGCAGUUUGAAUCACGUCUAAAGACAAAAGUGUUUCUAUCUGUUCAGUGGUCUGACCUGACGGGAGGAUUUCAGCGACUCUUCAGCGUGCAUUCUGCAUGUGAGGAAGAAAGUCUUAGUAAAAUAGGCUCCGAUCAUUUUAAGUAGAUUAGGUAAAAUGAAAUACAUUUUGAAUUUUUGUCUGUUUGCCAGCUUGAGUCCUACUGUGAAAUUGUAAGUACACUAAAGUGUUGUGUUAUAUAUGUAUAGAACUGGUCCCCAGCACAUAGAAGUUGCUGGAUGCUAACUGCAUUUCUGACAUUUUCAGGAUCAAAAAUGGCAGUUUUAACCAGACAGUGGCCCUAUGUGUACUCUGUGGGCGGAUUCUGAUGCAUUUUGUGGUUGAUUUUGACGUUUUAGUGGACUCUGGAUCAUUUUGAUUGGGCAGUUUGCUGAUCUAUUUGAGACGACAUUGUCCACAUUAGAGAUAAUUAUUGUAAUCACGUGCUCUCUUUAUCAAUGGUCGCAACACAAAAAAAAUCAGCCCACUGGGAGUACAAAUAUGGACACUUUCUGGCUAAAACAUAUGCCACUCAGCACCCGGCAGUUUCUAUGUGCUGGGGACCCAUGCUAUACCUGUCUAUCAUAAAGCUUUGGGGUACUCUGGGUUCACAUGGCUGGCAACUAGACUAUCAACAUCAGCUGUUCCUGCAUGGCACAGUUUUUGUAGAUCGUAGUCCAACAAAUGAAGUUUAUCCAAGCUACUGUUUCACCUCGCCACUCUAAGGUCUCCAUGUCCUCGUUGUGUCCAUAUUCAUCACCUCUUCUUCUUCAGUAGCACUGACACGGUAGCACAAGAGGCACUGAGCAUCGUGGUAGCAGAUCUGUGAACCUUUCAGAGCUCUCUCGACAGACUCCAGUAAAGCGCAGAUCCCUGCCCAGCUGACAUAUCACUAAGGUUGUACCACAACGUGUGCAUCCUCUCUGACUCGCACUGGGGAGGGACAUUUCUACCUUUUGGUUAGAUUUACACUUUUCAGUCAUUUUUCUCGAGAGAAUUCUGUUGAGUUUUUAUUUGAGACUAGCUUGUUGGUGUUGCCAAACGGUUGUGCCGCUGCUGUACCUCAGGACCUUUUGUUGUGCCUUUUUUAUCUUCAGUAACACUGGAUCACACCUCCACUGCUGCUCCAGCUUCAGGUCCUUUUUCUCUUUCUAAAUGUCUUUAAGAGCUCGGGGAACUGACUGCAUUAGCAGCGUUAGCUUUGCAUAGAGCUUCUGGGGUGUCCCGUUGAUUGCUCUUUCUGUUGUUUUGUUGUAAAGUAAAAAAAAUCUGUUGAGUCGUAUUGACACCCCCCGAGGAGGUUGGGAUGGGAUUUCGGUCAGUCAGCCCAGGAAUAGUGAGAUGUUCACCUCUGCCUUUUGAAAACAAACGUAAGGGAAGAGGAUUUUAUUGAUUUUAGGAAUAAUUAUGGGAAAUUCAUUUAUUCACUUUAUUUUAUCGGGGGUGUGAAAUGAUUGACACAAAUGUCUGUGUUUUUCAAUACAGAGCUAGAAAAGGGAUGGCCUAUAUUAGCAUAAUGAUUAGCUUAGGUCCGUUUAAAGUAAAACAGUGAUAACACUUAUAACGCUGGAUUACCAUCUACCGCUUGUGUUUGGAAUAUUUCUCAGAUUGGAGAAACUACGCCAAGGUGAUGUUUUCAGUUUGGUCAGUCUGUUUGUGAUAGGGAUACACAACUACUACUUAAAAAACUUGGUGCGGAGUGUAGCCUGAACCAAAGAAAAACCAUCCAUCCAUACCAAAGCCUUCAGUUUAUGCUGAAGGCCUGGCAGAGUGUUCAUUCUGUUUCUAGUCUUAUGCUAAGCUAGGCUAAUCACUUCCUGAUUUUCACAUCUCACUCCGAAAUUUCAAAUGUUCUGAUUCUUGACUACAUUCUGCUGAGCUGAUUUGAAGCCAGACAUUUGUAUCUCUUUAUUCUUGGCAUUAAGUGAUUUGAGAGCAUUUUGAUUUGUAUGGCCACAUUUAUGAGUUUCUGCAUGGGCUGUCUAAGUGUUUAUUUUGUACAAUAGAAGAACCUGUACAGCUUUACUUGAGACUUUCAGGUCUCCUCUCCCCGGUCUGGUUUUAAGCUUUCUUUUAAAGAUAUCCUUCCUGAUAAUGAGUUUUAAUUCAGUUGAGGUUUCAUAUUGGUUGUUUUUAUUCUGCCAUCAUUUCUACAGUCUGUCUGCAUCACAGAACACUGAAGUCCUUUACUGAAAACAGGUCUUAUACUUUGUUACUUCAGAUCCUUUUUUCACUCUCUGGUUUUGCAUGACAUCCUCCGAGUGCAUCUCAACUGCGGAAUAUAAUGUUUUUUAUUUGUUUUACAAAUGACUUUGAUUUCAGAAUCUCUUUAAACGUUGCAUUGCACGUGUCCUGAUGUUCUCUGUGUAAAGAGUGAUCUCUGUACAGUUGAUGCAUUUUUAAUUAAUUCUUCCUUUUUGUUUUUUUUGUUAUAAAUCUCUCUUAACUGUCAGCCGGCGACAGGCUACAAUGAAAGGGGAUCUGAGCAGCAGGUGGCAAUUGUGAAUAAACAAAAAAAAUGUAUAUCUUA